CUGCUGGGGCGGGGCUGCAGGGGAGUGGGCUUCAACGGCGCUUCCACCGUGGAGACCCCAGCACCCCGAGUCUGACGCGGGCUCGGCUCGCGGUCCUCUACCAGCCCCGCGGCCCCGAAGGUUCAGCGGACUCAGGCCGAAGGGUGGCCUCCGGAGCCCCGAGCAUUUUGGACUUAAUGGAGGCAGAAGAAGUUCCGGAGUCAGGUGGUUCAGAAAAGUCACUGCUGUUGUCACAGCAAGAAGAAGAAGAAGAAGAAGAGGAAAGAUCCCAAGAGACAGAGGACACAGGCACUGAGAACCCUCUCUUACAGCCCGCUCUCACAGGAGAUGUAGAAGGGUUGCAGAAGAUUUUUGAGGAUCCUGAAAAUCCUCAUCAUGAACACGCCAUGCAGCUACUCUUGGAAGAAGAUGUGGUCGGGAGAAAUUUAUUGUAUGCAGCUUGCAUGGCAGGACAAAGUGAUGUGAUCAGAGCUUUGGCAAAAUAUGGUGUGAAUCUGAAUGAAAAGACCACCAGAGGAUAUACACUCUUACACUGUGCUGCAGCCUGGGGUCGUCUGGAAACUUUGAAGGCAUUAGUGGAACUGGAUGUUGAUAUAGAAGCUUUGAACUUCCGGCAAGAAAAAGCUCGGGAUGUUGCUGCUCGGUAUUCCCAGACUGAGUGUGUUGAAUUUCUGGACUGGGCAGAUGCAAGACUGUCUUUGAAAAAAUAUAUUACAAAGUUCUCUAUGGCCGUUACGGAGACAGAAAAGGGAGUAGGAAAGUUCCUUAAGGAAGACAAGAAUGCUGUCCUCAAUGCAUGCCGUGCAAAAAGUGAGUGGUUGGAAACUCAUCCAGAAGCUUCCAUUGAUGAGAUUUUUGAGCAGAGACAACAACUAGAAGACACUGUGGCUCCUAUCCUUGCAAAAAUGCCUGCACCACAAACCAACCUAUGGACAGACCCAAAUGGAAUAGAAUUUCAUCCAGCCAGCCAUCAUUGCCAACCUGUCAGGUGUAUGAGCAAGUCAUUUUGGAAAUGGAUUCUUCAGUCAAAAUACCCAACAAAUGCUGUACAAAGUGAAGACAAACUUUCUCAGAGGAAUCCUGCCAAAAUUGCAGAUUUCUGAGUUAAAUAAAUGAAUGAUUCUGUUUUAA